AUGGUCAAUGGAAAAAGCACGAGAUUCAGGAACCCAGAGGAGAUCCCAUGGGCUGAAGCUGGAGCUGAUUAUGUUGUCGAGUCAACAAGAGUCUUUACUGACAAGGACAAAGCUGCAACCCACUUGAAGGGAGGUGCUAAGAAGGUCAUCAUUUCUGCCCCAAGUAAAGAUGCUCCUAUGUUUGUUGUUGGUGUCAAGAUGUUGAUAUUGUCUCGAAUGCUAGUUGCACUACCAAUUGUCUUGCUCCAUUGGCAAAGCAAACAGAAGACUGUUGAUGGUCCGUCUCAGAAGGACUGGAGAGGUGGAAGAGCCGCAUCAUUCAACAUUAUUCCCAGCAGUACUGGAGCUGCCAAGGCUAUCGGGAAAGUACUUCCUUCUCUAAAUGGAAAGCUUACUGGAUGGCUUUCCGUGUCCCAACAAUUGAUGUGUCAGUGGUUGAGGGACCAAAAUCUCCUGAAUUUAGAAACACCAAAUGUUCACUCCCUUCUGCCCCUUCCAAUCCAGUCACCUGUAAUUAGAGUGCUUGAAGAAAGUGCUCAUGUUCUUGUUUCAUCCAGGCUUGAAGUAGAAGAAAGAAAAAGAAAAAAGAGUCGUCAAAAUCAAUUGUUGAUAUUUGACUCUAUUGCAUAA